AUGAAACCAGAUGCCGGUCCUCUUUCUUUUGCUGUUCUUGUCCGCGGCAAGAGAAAUAAAUAUGUGGUGGGUGCUGGUAAAGAAAUUUUAUUAGUCACGUGGGAUAGUAGCCAAGAUGAUUACAAUCCUGAAUGCGUAAAAAUAGCAAUUGUAGACAAUAAUAUCCCUGACAACAGAUUAAGUUAUGGAACCGUGGACCCGUUAGACAGACUAGUGUUUGGGACGAUGAACGAAAAUGGACACCCAUUCGGAAAUGUGACCUCUUGUAAUCAUAAUUUUAAAUUUGUAAGACAAAUAAAGGACAUUAUUACGAGCAGUGGUUUCGUGUGGGAAGAAACUGCGUCUGGUCCUUCUAAAGUAUAUUUCGUCGAUGCUUUGUCACAUUAUGACAUCCUAGCCUACUCUUUUCACAAAACAGCAGGAACAUUUAGGAACCAUAUACUCGCCUUGGACUGGUCGAAAAUUUCCAGGAGGGGAACUCCGCGUCGUCUGACAAUUGAUAGGACUGGUAAACUCUGGGUGCCUCUUUAUGAAGGUCGCGGAAUUAUGCAAGUUGAUCCAGCCAAACACAAAAUAGUACAAUAUAUUCCCGUGCCUGCAAAAAGAGUCGGCGCGUGCGUUUUCGGAGGUCCCAACCUUGAUGUCUUAUAUGUAUCAACCAUAGGAUAUGGUCACAAAAAUGAUCCUGAGUCACGUCCAUUUGGAGAUCAAGGUGGUACAAUUUUCGCUUUCAGGGGCCUUGGCGCAAAGGGUUGGGCACCAGAACAAUACAGAAUGGAGAAAAUCCCUGACAGUGUACAACUAAUCUAA